AUGAGCGCUCACGACAACGAGGAUCUUAUUGACUACGAGGAUGAAAAUGACGUGACCACCAACGGUUUCACUGCCGUUGCUGGUACUGCGGCAUCUGGUGCAGCGGCAACGGUUGGAGAAGACAAGGACAAAAAGAACUUUUCAGGCAUCCAUUCGACUGGCUUCCGGGAUUUCCUGCUCAAGCCUGAACUUCUGCGUGCAAUUAGUGACUUGGGUUUUGAGCACCCUUCAGAAGUUCAACAGGAAUGCAUCCCUCAAGCCGUCCUCGGAAUGGAUGUCUUGUGUCAGGCGAAGUCCGGACACGGCAAAACUGCCGUUUUCGUUCUAGCCACCCUCCAGCAGCUUGAACCCGUCAAUGGUCAAGUUUCCGUCCUUGUCCUUUGCCACACCCGCGAACUGGCCUUCCAGAUCAAAAACGAGUACACCCGUUUCGCCAAGUAUAUGCCCGACGUCCGAAUCAGCACUUUCUAUGGCGGCACUCCAGUUUCAAAAGAUGCCGAAAUCCUCCGAGACAAGACCAAAUGCCCACACAUCGUCGUCGCCACCCCCGGUCGUUUGAACGCACUCGCGAGAGAUAAAGUCUUGGAUGCAAAGAACGUGAAACAUUUUGUGCUGGACGAAUGCGAUAAAAUGCUGGAACAGCUUGACAUGCGUCGAGACGUACAAGAAAUUUUCAGGACUACCCCUCAUCACAAGCAAGUCAUGAUGUUUAGCGCCACUCUUGCAAAGGACAUCAGAGCAACGUGCAAGAAAUUCAUGUCGAAUCCCCUUGAAAUUUUCGUGGAUGACGAGACAAAACUCACCCUGCACGGUCUCCAACAACAUUAUGUUAAGCUCGAAGAGAAUGCCAAAAACAGAAAACUGAACGAGUUGCUCGAUACUCUAGAGUUCAACCAGGUCGUCAUCUUUGUCAAGUCAGUUGCUCGCGCUAUCGAAUUGGACAAGCUCCUCGUCAGCUGCAAUUUCCCGAGUAUCGCCAUUCACUCAGGUCUGCAGCAGGAAGAACGUAUACGUCGUUAUACUGCCUUCAAGGCAUUUGAAAAACGUAUCUUGGUCGCGACAGAUAUUUUUGGACGUGGCAUUGAUGUCGAGCGUGUCAAUAUUGUGAUCAAUUAUGAUUCUCCACCUGACGCCGACAGCUACCUUCAUCGUGUCGGGCGAGCUGGACGUUUCGGAACGAAAGGUCUCGCCAUAACCUACGUUUCUUCGGAUGAAGAUCAGCAGGUCAUGUCCGCCAUCCAGUCGAGGUUCGAGGUCGCGGUUCCUGAACUUCCCGACCACAUCGACCCUGCCAGCUACAUGACAUCCUAG